AUGGCAGACCAAGAAAAUCAACCUCAAACCCCCAACCCUGGCCAGGAACCCGAAAACACCCAGGGCUCUUCUGAACCCAAGCGAGAGUCAACCAAGAAAACACCACCUAAGCUGAACAAGAAGAAAGAUACUCCCAAGCCCGAGGGAGACGACAAGCAGCCCAUACGACAAGAACCCGAGUCGGACACAGAGCAGAAGCAAGAAACACCAGAGUCAGAUCGCGAGCCUGACCCUGAGCCUGAGCCCGAACCUGAACCUGAACAACUGCCUGCCCGGCCUCGUAGAAGAAAACCCCGUCCUCAGAGAUACCGACAGGAUUCGGAAACAGAGGGCAUCUACCGCAGCGAUAUGGAUCCAGUCGUGGAGAGACCCCGCCGUCAGCGUCGCCAACGUAACCAGCAACAGGACGGCGGGCCACUCCCAGGUCUCGGCGGGGUCAAUCAGACAGGUGAACUCGUGCAGAAUACAGCCGGCAAUGCCCUGAAUGGGGUGACAGGCAGCGCUGGCAAGGCAGUCGGUGGUAUCCUGGGUAAUCAAAAGGAAGAGAAAGAGGAUGGAGGCCGAGAUGAGCAGCUGCGGUUGCGUCUGGAUUUGAACCUCGACAUCGAAGUACAACUCAAGGCUAAGAUCCAUGGUGACUUGACCCUCGGUUUACUUAACUAA